GAGCGGACAAGAGAAAAGAUAGGAAGUGGAUUAAAAAAAUUCCAUCGCGUAUAUCCUCAGCUGCAAAAUAUUGAAAAAUAAUAAAAAAUUAAUAUCGUGAAGUAUUUUUUUCAAUCAUAAAUCAUGGUCGUGGACAUAACAUUGCGUCGAGAACCAAGCCAGCCAUUUGGCUUUCGUCUAAUUGGUGGUAGUGAUUUUGAAAUUCCCUUGACAGUGUCCAGAGUUGUUGAGGGUGGAAUUGCACAUAGAGCUGGAAUGCUUGAGGGUGAUGUAGUCGUUCGAAUUAAUGAUAAUCCAACUAUAAAUAUGAGUCAUGAAAGUGCACACGACGAACUUGUCGCAGCUGGAGAUGAAUUUACUGUCAGUGUCCUACGUGCAACGAAUCUUUUGGCAGAUGGUAGUGCUGUGGAUGCAACGGAACAGCAAGAUACAACUGUUGCUGAUGCUGAUACGAAACAGGAACAGGAGAGAAUUGAUAAAAUCAUACCUGACAAGCCCGUGACAGACGAGGAAAUUGCUGAAUUGCUCAGUGGGGAAGCAGAGUUAUUGAAAGAACAUGGAGUUCUGGGUGUCAAUUUUAAUCGUAUGAUGCCAAAGUCAGGUGUCUUUAAGCGCAGUGAAGUCUUUCAAGUUCUCAACGAUCAGCACUUGCAAGCAAAAGAGAUUGAAGAAAGUCAACGUUGGACAACAUUUUUACAAAAGCCAGAACGACCACCACCAGAGCCAAGAAAUGCGAAUAUCUUUAAAAACACAUAUAGACCAGUCAUUGUAAAACAACCGAAGCCUAAAUGUGCACCAGACUAUCGAACAACUCCACCUCCUGAACCAGUUCAAGUACAAGUUCAAGCAUCAAAUGAAUUUGUCAACAAUGAAAUUGUCGAAGAAAGGCAUGAAGAAGAAGUUCAGGAAAUUGUUCAAGUUCAAGAGCAACAAUUUACAACAGAAAUGUCAUCUGAAACUAUCAUUACAUCGACUGAAAUGACGUCAACAACAACAACAGAACUCGUUACAUUCGAGGAGCUUGCUGCCGAUGCUACAGGUGAUGCAGUCAAUGAAGAAUUAGUUGCUGAAGAAAUUAAAAGUCAAUCGGAUGAAGUGAGUAUCGUAAGUUCCGCAUUCGCUGAGCAACUUGAGAAUGUACAAUCUCAAUUGAUGGCAUUGAGUCACUUGCCAAAAACAAUUCAAUCAACCCUGGAUGAAAUAACAAAACAAUUACAAUCAUUGAUACCGACGUCCAAAUUAUACAAGCAGAAAUCUGUUGAGCCCGAAAAUAAUUCGACAGCUGAGGAAAAUACGAAGGCAAAUGAAGAAACAGUUGAUACAACAGCAGUGACAGAUCAAGUUGUUGUUGAAAGUACAAUUAGUGCAGUUGAAAACACUACGACAGUAACAGAGACAGUUGAAGUUGAAAUUGUUAAUCAGCAACAGCAACAGAUAGAACAAAUGAAUCAAGAAGAAAUGGAACAUCAUCCAACAAAAGAUGAGAUUGAUGAAUAUGAAGAAUCUCAAAGAAAGUUCCGCGAAUUGUGGGAAAAGAAACGCGAGAAACAGGAGCCAGUCGAUGCCAAGACUGAAUUGACAGCUGAAUUGAAGCAAAAAGUAACAGAAGAGCGAGUAAUUAAGCAGAAAAGAGCUAGAAAUUUUCGUGGAUUACAACCACAAGAACGACCCAUCAUUUUGCCAGGAGGUCGUAAGUGGAAGAACGAAAAAGACGCAAUGAAUGACGAGUUGAUUGCUGAAAUUAUUUCCUCACAGGCUGAACUUAUUAUGGGCACAACACUUGGAAGUCACCAUUAUGAAAGUCCAAUUUUGACCUUUGACGACAGAGUCAACUUCCUUAAAUAUCAAAAGCCUGAGAAAGACUUGAGCUUCCUGAAGAAUUCAGAGACUUAUCGUCAAAUUCAUCACAUGGUCCAACAUGAGAAUGGCAUUGAAAAGAGACCUGCUAUGGUUGCCGCUGAGGAGGAUGUUUUGAAAUGUGCAUCACCAAAUCCAUUAAAUCAGAACUCAUCUUAAUCACUUCACCAAAUCAAAAUAAUAUAAAAAUAUGAAUAAUUCUCGAAGUUAAUUGAUUCAUCCAUCGACCGACAUGCACUGAUAAAGAAAUAUUUUUAUAAUAAUUUAUUCAUAUUACUAAUUAUGAGAGUCAUUUGUAGCUACAAUCUAAUUUAAUGGUCAACUAUUAAUUGGGUUUAAGGUGAAAUAAUUUGAUUGUUGUAAGGAAUAAGAAGUUUUGUUGUGUUUUGAUGGUUUAAUAGCGUGAAUGCUUCAUAUAAAUUGUAAGAAUUUUCCGGGGGACAAAGUUUUGGUCUGAAAACUAAUUGACUCAACUU